GGGCGGUGGCGGUGAGUAUGAGGACAGUCUCUGGACGUCAGUAUGUGAGAGACGGCGAGAAAUGGCGUGUGGAUGACAACUGAGGCUACAACGCUGAAAAGAUGUCUGCAGGAACCCUUUCUGUUAUAGCAGAAGAACUUCUAAAAGAGGUGAAGAAGGUUUACCAGGAGUCAUCACAAUUGACAGAUGAACUUCUUCUUGCGUUAAAAUUCAUCUUUGGCUCAACUGCCCUUCAUGCGUUAGACCUGGUUGAUCAGUGCUCAGUAACACUCAUCUCCUCCCCCAGUGGAAGGACAGUGUACCAGGUUCUGGGAAGCUCUCGGCAAACAUACAUUUGCCUGUCUUUCUGUCACUACUGCUCGUGUCCAGCCUUCAUGUACUCAGUGAUACGAAGAAAUGACAAUAUAUUGUGCAAACAUAUUCUUGCUGCGUAUCUAUGCCAAGCAAUGGGACUGUGCCAUGACCAAAAGGUUUCUGACAAGCAACUCACUAGCUUACUGCUAGCAAAGCACAAUGGGAGUUAAAAAUAGGAUGUCUAAAGGAGGCUGACAUUCCAAUAACAGAAUGUGUUUGGUAAUAAUUUGGUGGAAAGUUUUUCGGAAUUCCUGAAUCCUGGAGGCAUAGAUGACGGGAUUCCCAACGGAAUGCGCGUGAGACAGGACAAUGGCGACGUCCAUGAAAUUGUGGUGCAAUGUUCGAAAGUAGUCGUUGUGGAGCAGGUUGAUGCAGUUCAGGAUGUGGAGCGGGAGCCAGCAGAAGGCAAAAAAGCCCACUAUGAUGGAGAGCGACUUUGCCGCAUUCAGCUGUUUCUGCAAAAAGGUCCUGGAGGUGUCGGAGUUGAUGGAACUGUGUUCGAUUUGUCGGAGCUGCUUCCUGACGACAGUGAAGAUUUUCAGGUAAAUCACCAACAUUAUGAUCAGCGGAGUCAAAACGCAGCCAAAGAAGUUGAAGUAGACCAUGUAGCCCAUGUCUAUAACAUUCAAGAAGAGGCAUUGGACUUGGCAAGACCCGUUGUCUGUAGGGGUCACUGGGUUGGUUUUGUUCAGACACUCUUUGGAUCCGCUCCAGCCAAACAA